AUGGACGAGCGGUUUAAGAAGACUUUUGGACAGCACAUACUAAAGAACCCGGGAAUAGUAUCGAACAUGAUAGACAAGGCAAAGAUACGCCCAACAGACACAGUCCUGGAAAUAGGGCCGGGAACAGGAAAUCUUACGCUCAAGCUGAUAGAUAAAUGCAAAAGAGUAGUGGCCAUAGAAAAAGACAGAAAAAUAGCAACAGAUCUGCUCAAAAGAAUAGGACAGAGAAAGAGCAAACUGCAGCUCAUCAUUAACGACGCAAUAGAGGUGGAGUAUCCUCCAUUCGAUCUGUGCGUGUCAAAUACGCCUUACCAGAUAAGCAGCCCGCUAGUUUUUAAGCUGCUAGACUAUCCGUUCAGAGCAUGCGUGCUGAUGUUCCAAAGAGAGUUUGCAAACAGACUCUGCGCCACGCCCGGUGACUCGGACUACUGCAGGCUUUCUGUCUCUGUGCAGGUCAGAGCCACAGUGCAGCACAUAAUGAAAGUGUCCAAAAAAAGCUUUAGGCCUCCUCCAAAAGUCGAGUCAAGUAUCGUGAAGAUAGAGCCCAGAAGGAACAAGAUAGACAUAGAUCUGAAUGAGUUUGACGGAAUGAUAAAGAUAUGCUUCAGCAGAAAGAACAAGACAAUAGGAGCGAUCUUCCGGCAGAACGCAAUAAAGAAUCUCUUGUUCAGCAACAGAGAAAUAACGGAAAAUAAAUGCGACGAUGAUGAGAUAGAUAUUCCCGAAGAAGAGAACAAAAUAACAGCAGAAGAGGAAGCAGUUUUAAACAGAGUUCUGGAAGAGAGCAGAUUAGAGAAAGAAAGAGCGUCAAAGAUGACCGUAGAAGAGUUUCUGUUUCUUCUGAUCAAAUUCAAAGAAGCAGGAAUAUCGUUCAAGUCGUAG